CCCUGAAACUAAGAAUUAUAGACUUAAUAGUGAAUUUUAUUAAAAUUCAGGAUCCUAGAAUAAUUUUCCUUUCAUUUUUUUCAAUUCAAUUCGCUUAGUCCAAACAAAGGAUUAAGGAGUGAACUUUAACAGGUGACUUUGCUCCACAGGGAGAAUCAGACCGUACUGCUGAAGUAAGACCAGAGAGCAAAGAAAUGGAGGAUUCCACACGGACCGCACCUCUCAAUCUCCCGAAAACCAAACCAAUUCGCUGCAUCGUUAAACUUGGUGGUGCUGCAAUUACUUGUAAGAAUGAGCUAGAGAAGGUAAAUGAAGAAAAUCUUGAGAUAGUAUCCUCACAGCUUAGGCAAGCUAUGAUUACUGGAUCCGGCUCCCAAAAGGUUAUUGGGAUGGAUUGGAGCAAGAGACCUGGAAAAUCUGAAAUUUCCUGUGAAAUGGAUAAUUUUGAAGAUCAAACUUUAAUGGAUUCUAGCAGUUUUGUUGUUGUUCAUGGAGCAGGUUCUUUUGGCCAUUUUCAGGCUAGUAAAUCAGGCGUUCAUAAGGGAGGAUUGCACAAACUGCUUGUCAGGGCUGGUUUUGUUGCUACACGCAUUUCUGUGACUACUCUCAAUCUUGAAAUUGUUCGAGUACUAGCUAGAGAGGGUAUUCCUUCCAUCGGAAUGUCUCCAUUUUCAUGUGGAUGGUCAACCUCAGAAAGAAAUUUAAAAUCAGCAGAUUUGUCAAUGGUGGCUAAGGCAAUUGACUCUGGAUUUGUACCUGUUCUACAUGGAGAUGCUGUACUUGAUGUAUUACAGGGAUGCACCAUAUUGAGUGGUGACGUCAUUAUACGCCAUCUUGCGGCCUACUUGAAACCUGAAUAUGUUGUUUUUCUUACAGAUGUUUUGGGCGUGUAUGAUCGUCCACCUUCAGAACCUAAUGCGGUGCUCUUGAGAGAGAUCGCUGUGAAUGAGGAUGGGAGCUGGUAUGUUGUGAAGCCGGCACGUCAAGACAUGAAUAAGCAAGUUGAAAUAACUGUAGCAGCCCAUGAUACUACUGGGGGGAUGGAGACCAAGAUAUCAGAAGCUGCAAUGAUAGCGAAACUCGGCAUUGAUGUCUACAUAGUGAAGGCAGCAACGAGCCACUCGUUGAGGGCGUUGUCUGGAGAAGUGAGAAGCUCGAUUCCUGAUGAUUGGCUUGGGACAGUAAUCAGAUUUGUAGAUAAAAGGAAUUGCUAGUACUUGAUGAAUAUUGGAGACUUUGCAUGAAAUGGCCUGUCAAACACUUUCUGAUCUGAGAAAUUCUCUUGGUAAUGAAUCAUUAGCUGAGUUUAUCAACCUUGCAAUUCAGUUGAGUGUCUCUCAGUUUCAUCAUUAACUGUGACCUCUCAUUGUAUUACAGAAUGCCAUUAAGUGUUGCCUGAAUGUAUCUCUGCAAAAAUUAAUUCACAACAUCUUCUGGUUACAGUACAUGAAUUUGACCCAUCACUCUUUUGAUUAGCAAUUCAAUUUUCAAUUUCAUUC